AUUUUGAAAUAAAUAUUUCGAGUGAUUUUGCAUCAAAUUAUAUGGUACUGUUUUACCUUUAUCAUGGAAGUUUUCAAUAAGUUGUACUCUCAAGUGACAAACUCGGUGAGCAGUACAGUCUCUCAAUUAUCAGGGGUGUUGCCAGGAAAUCCUGUUACCAGAGAAUUUGAAUCAUCUGCUCACAUUGCUUCUGCAGGCCCAGGUUUAUUAUGGAAAAUAUACAAAGGCAGUAAACGCUCCACCAAGCAAGAAGCUUCGAUUUUUGUAUUUGAAAAGCGGCAACUUGAAAAAUGGAAUAAACAGGACAGAGAAUUUAUUUUGGAGACGCUACGACGGGGGGUGGUGCAGCUCACUAAAAUUCGACAUCCAAAAUUAUUAACUGUACAACAUCCCCUUGAAGAAAGUAGAGAAAGUCUAGCCUUUGCAACAGAACCUAUAUUUGCAAGUCUGGCAAAUGUCCUUGGCCAAACGACAAACAUGCCUCAGCCAGCAAAUAUGUCUGAUUACAAGUUUUAUGAUAUAGAAAUCAAGUAUGGUUUGUUACAAAUAAGCGAGGGAUUAGCCUUUCUACACAAUGACAUGAAAUUACUGCACAAAAAUAUCAGUCCUGAAAGCAUAGUCAUAAACAGUCAAGGUGCAUGGAAGAUUUUCGGUUUAGAUUUUUGCGUUCACAACACCAGUUCUCCAAAUAAUCCUCCAAAUUAUCCGUUCGAGGAUUAUAACCCCACGCUACCCAGUGUUUGCCAGCCAAAUAUCGACUAUUUGGCGCCUGAAUGUAUUUUACUGCAGAAACAUUCAACGGCUAGUGAUAUGUUCUCUUUAGGAAUGUUGGCUUUUACAUUAAAUUCUCCAGAUAAAAGGUGUAUUCGAUCAGUGAAAGAUGUACAGCAAUUCAAGGCGAGGGCUCAAGAUUUGAAGAAAUUGAGUGGUGGUAAGUUGCAAUGCGUGCCAGAAGAGCUAAGAGACUAUGUGAGGCUACUUUUGAACGUUGCAGCCGAAGCAAGACCUGAUGCCCAUCAAUUCAUCAAAAUUCCUUUCUUUGACGACGUUGGUAUUAAGACAUUAACGUACCUGGAUUCGCUGCUUCAGUGGGACAAUUUACAGAAAUCCCAGUUCUAUAAGGGCUUACCAGAGGCCCUGUCCAAACUGCCGCAACGGGUAAAAGUUCAAAGGGUUCUCGCGUGUCUUGUUCACGACCUGGGUCAACCCGUUAUGGUUCCCUUUAUUUUACCAAGUCUGUUCGACAUCGCGCAGGAGUGUACAGAGAAGGAAUACCGCACUUAUAUUUUGCCUCAUAUUAAGCCGUUGAUGAGACUGAUGGAGCCAAUUCAGAUCCUUCUCAUAAUGCUGCAAAGGAUGGAACUGCUUCUCAAGCUAACACCGGCGGAGGACAUUCAACAGCACGUCUUGCCGAUGCUGUACCGUGGUCUCGAUUGCGAAUCUCCGCAGAUACACGAGCUCUGCCUUUCAGUUCUACCGACAUUCGCGGGUUUACUCGAUCAUUCCAACGUCAAAAACAGCCUGUUGCCUAGGAUAAAAAAACUUUGUCUCUCCACUUCUACUUUAUCGGUUAGAGUGAACUGUUUGCUUUGUAUCGGAAAGCUCUUGGAAAAUCUGGACAAAUGGUUGGUUCUAGACGAGAUCCUCCCGUUCUUGCCGCAGAUACCUUCAAGGGAACCCGCCGUCUUAAUGGGGAUCUUAGGCAUCUAUAAAAUCGCUUUGACCCAUAAAAAGCUUGGAAUUACCAAGGAGAUAAUCGCUUCUCGAGUUCUUCCUUUCUUGAUCCCGUUGUGUAUAGAAAACGGACUAACUUUACAGCAAUUCAACGCUCUCACGUCGUUAGUUAAAGAAAUGUUUCAAAUCGUCGAAAACGAACACCGCACGAAGCUAGAACAGUUGAAUUCCGUGAAGGACGAGCAUAAGGUUCUAGCGAGUACCGCUCCGAUGGUCACGCCCCGAUCGAAUCCCCCUGAACUCAACAAAGCUUUUACCGGUCUCGGUUUGGAUAGUUACGUGCCUGGCGGAAACGUUCAACCCAAACCCAGUUCCGUACAAGACACGUCGAAGGCUUUUAACACCCAAACGCCUAUCGAACCGGUAAAAACCGCGCCUACCGAAAAAAAUCAAACCAACGACCUUUCGCCUUCCUCAAUGAACGACUGGGUGGGUGCUUCAAAAAUAACCGCCCCUCUCAGCACGAACAACCCCAUUGCUAAUAACAUUAACAGCUUUGCGCUGUCUCCGAAUAAUAAUCAGAGUUUCGUUAGCAGUAACGGCAACCGAAGCGCGGUAAUGUCACCUAUGGGAGCGAACCAGUGGGGUAAUACCGUUCGAUCGCCCAACUCGAACCAAAACAACUGGAGCAACAACAUGACACAAUCGUACAGUCCGUUCCAAAGCACUAAUCAGAAUUUCUCCAAUGCGAAUCCUUGGGGAAGCAACGUGACCGCUUCGGCGUACAACAAACCGGAUACCGCUCAGAACUGGAGCGCUUUGGAUAACUUAUUGCCGAUGAGUACCAAUAACGCCCCGAAAGUGCCUAUGAAUAUGAUGUCGUCGAAGCAGCCUUUGAUUCCUUCACCUAAUAGCGCCCAGGCGUUGUCGAAAGAUGAUAUAAUGGAUCUUUUGAGUUAAUCGGAAAACGAUUCGUAUGUAUUUAUUUUUUAUUUAUUCGCUAAAUUCAAGGAGUAUAUAUUUGACCAUGUGAUAUUUUUUAAGGGGUGAAUGAAAAACAUUCUCGCUUACUUUUGUUGGUUAAGUCAAAGUUAUUUGCACCGAUUAGAAAGUAGAUGUAUCGAUCGUGAUUUCAGAUUUUUCAGGAAAAUUUGGAGUUUCACCGAUUUGUUCUAAUUUGUCAAACAUUCCGUUUUGUGUAUUGUUAAAUGCAUGGCCUGCUGUGAUUUUAAAGUCAACCAUAAACGAUUUUAA